UGAGUUGUUAUUUUUCUUAUCUGAUUUAGCUGUUAAGAGUUAAAUAACUAGUAGUUGUUUAUUGCUUCAGUGAUGGGAAGGAUAUGUGUAUACAACAUAUCAUUGCUGACUGGGCUUGACAAUACAGAAGUGGUUAAGUCCAAAGGAAAAAAAAAAUUGAACUUCUUAUCCUAUUAAGCCUUAGCAAGACAGCCAGCCCAUCCAUCAUGAGCUUAGAAAAGCAAACUGUUCACAGAGAGUACAUAAUAGCAAGCAAGUAUCUGAGGAAAAUGAAUAUUGGCUUAUAGUAACAUCACAGGCAUUCUCAAAAUAAAAGGCUACCUCAUUUUCAAAGAAAAUUAAAAUAGUGUACAACUACUGUGCAAGUUUCUUCUGAAGACUGGAACCCAGAUGCCCUCAGUUCUUAGAAAUGAGUAGAAAAAGAAGAAAAAGCUGCAAGGGCAGAAAGAGCUUUGAUUCCAGAGAAUAUGAACAAUUGUCACCUAUUUGUAAAUGCCAGCAAAAUGUAGGAAGCCUUGAAAAUAAAGCAGAUGAGGCUCUGGCUCACUUCACUGAGCCAGUGGAUGUAAAGGGUACUGAAGAAGAUGGAAAAAAUCAUGAAAACCAGAAUCAGAGUAGCUUAGAUCCAUCUGAAGAUAGAGACCUUGAUAACAUAUCAGACAGCGAAAAAGAAGGAAAGAAGGAAAAGAACUUCCCUCCUCAGAUGUUCUCUCCUCAGCAAGAUGAAAUCCUAGCAACAGUAACUUUUGGUGAAUCAGAAGGCUCAUCCACAGGAAAAAUUACACUAUGGGGCAAGCCAGACUCUGCAGAGUCCAUUAGCUUGGCUACUGGAAAAAUUACUGCAGAAGUAAAAUACGGUUCUUUUAAUGUGAAAGUAGAAAUUAAGAACGUUUUGCUGUUUGAUUCUGGAACAAACAUUGUAGCUGAAAAAAGGAAAAGUUCAAAGAACAAUAAACAUUUUCAUGAAAGACAAUACCAGAAAAACCAGUGUUCAAAAUGUUCAGAGUACCAGUGUCCUUCAACUGACCAUUCAGCAGAACAUAAUGGGAAAUAUAAGGGAUCCUCUAAAGGUAAAAUUCAAACUGCCAUCAACAAAAAUGCCUCCCUGAAAAUGAACAUUGAAGCAAAGGAUAUUAAAGUGGAAUAUACCAGCAGAAAGAAAAAUCUAAAGAUUAACAUCAAACCUGGUGAACAGGCACAGAGCAAAACCUGCAACAGGGAACAUGAAGAUACGUAUUGGAGUGAAACAGGUUAUUCUGUAACAGGGGCACCUUGCAAUACAGAUUGUGAGUCAUCUUUUAGAUUUCAUGAAAAGGUAGACUAUACAUUCCCAGGUGGAUGUACACUUCUCCCUCCACCUAAAGAAUUUGCUGACUGUGACAAAAUGAAUUUGGAUACAAUUGCAGAGGGUGUAUCUUUGUACCCUGUUAAUGUCAGAAAGGAAUCUGACAGCCUCUCUACAGCCUUGAGAAUUUUCGGGGAAGAAAAUUAUUUCUGUAACCAUAGCAAAAUGGACAAUGAAGACCACACCAAUGAAAAGGAAGAUUUUUCAAAAGAUAAAAUACUUUUCUCAAAAAUAAAUAGUACAAAUUGUCUUGUAGCUAGUAAUACCUUGAAUAACCCAAAUGCUGGGAAAGAGCUUAUCAGUAAGAACAAUGUAUUAGGUCAAGAAAGAAAUAACUGUGACAAAUGCAGAGAAACAGGGCAAAAACCAGCAAGAAGAAAGUCUUUCCCAGAUACUACCAUUGUUGUACCAUCACCAGUUCACCCUAGAAGGGAUUCUGGCUUUUAUUCAUUGCCAUCCUUAAAAGUAUUGCCCAAGGAGACCAAAGCAGAUGUCUAUAACAGGAACUCACAUGUUCAUACGAGCUAUACAGAACUUUGUAAGUGUUCUGACUUGACCUCCUCACUGAGAAGUUUGAGAGGUCUUAAGUCUUCAUAUCAGUAUGCUUUCACAUCAUUCGAUCAUAAUAUUACCAUUUAUCCAUCUGAGCCUGAAGAAAAUCUAGAUGACACUUGUUUACUGAAUGACUAUGCAGACUAUGUGGGGCAAAGUGAAGAAACAGAAGAAACAUUAAUGGAGAGUCUUCGUUCCAAUGGUACUAUUAAUGAGAAAAAAGAAAAUGGGCAUGAGGAGCCUCUGAGAAACAUAGCCAUAUGGGAGGAAGACUCUGAGUCUACCAAAGGUGCUUUAGGUGAAAGGACACCAGAGUACAACCAUCCAGAAAAGCAUGUUGAAUUACAGAACCCUACAUGUCCUAGAAGCCCUUCAGGUGAACUUAUUGAUGACAAGGAAAGUACUAAUUAUGCAUCUACAGAAAGCGCUCCAAAACAACUUUCACCUUUACAGCAAAAUGUUCACCUAACCCCUGCAGAGCCUGAGGUAAUAAAGAAAAGGAGAGGGUCAGUAAUGACUGUGAUAACUGGAGAACUAGAACGAAGACUCAUCCAAGGUGACACUAAAUUGAUGCCUGAUUCUUUCAGCUCUGGGGUAAGAAAAGAGCCUAAACUUCCCUGUAGUAUACAAGAAAAAUCCUUGCUGUCAUCCUUGCUGUUAGAUCCUGAGGAUCAUGACAUAAAUAAUGAAUCUGAAAGCUUUUCUGAGAUACAAGACAUAGCUGGGAAUAUCCUUGUUGAAUCCGAUUGCUGUAAUGAUUCAGCAGAGGCUGCCAUAUUAUCUACCUCUUCACCAUAUACAGAAAUGAGAGAGAAUUUCACAGAACAUUCAAAUAUCAAGGAAAGACCAGAGAACUUUUGCUGUAAACAGUCAACUGAUGAUAGCUUAAGGAGAGAGCCUGGAGAACAUCAACUACCUCAGUUAGCCAAAUCCAGCUCCGAUGAUCUUGAGAAAAGGAUUGAAAUAGAAGAAGAUUUUCACCAGAAUGCAGAUAUCCCCCCAUCAUCAGUAAAACAGAUUUGUCAGAAAGACUUGAAAUCAGAAAUGAAUAAAACCAGAAAGCUACCUUUGAUGAAAGACACCAGAGCAAGCGAUAGUUCCCAAGAAGAAACAAUAGACCAGUGGGCCUGGAGACGGAAACAGUUCAAAGACAGCAAAAAAUGCAGUUCAACUGGAGGGAGCUCCAUAAACAGCACAAUCACUGAGGGAUCAAUAAAUUCAGAGGAUGCUCGGUCAGUAGAUCUGGGACUACAUUCUGAAAAUGAGGACAGAGGUUUUUACACAGAAAACUUUCAUUCUGCUUCCUGGGUUUUCAGAGGAGAUGAUGUCUCUCCGGAUAAUAGUCCUAGAUGUCUCAGCAAAAGGCCUAGACCAGUGGCAAUUCGUGAAAGAACAGUGAAGAUUGCUAAAGGAACGGGCAAUUACCCUUGGGGUUUCAGGAUCCAGUUCUCAAAGCCUAUCCUUGUGACUGAAGUUGACACAAACAGUGCAGCUGAAGAAGCAGGGCUUCAGGUCGGGGAUAUUCUGAUAGCAGUCAAUGGAACUGAUGUCACCAGCAUGCCACAUUCAGAAGCUGUCAAUCUGGCAAGGAAAGGUCCUGAUAUCCUGACUAUGGUGGUGGGAUCAGAUAUCAGCCGUUACCCUAACACCCCCAGACCUACCUGCCGAGGAUAUUUGCAUAAACGAACACAAUCAGCAAUAUUGAAGGGCUGGAGGAAGAGAUGGUUUGUGCUGAAACAUAAUGGCUACCUACACUAUUACAAACACAAGAAGGAUGAAGGGAAGUGCAGACCCCUGGAAGUAACAAAGCUGGAAGGAGCCGAAGUUGGUGUUGACACCAGUCUGGGUAAACCAUUUGUUUUUAAAUGCAUACCUCAAAGUGGAAACAGGAUUUUCUACUUCUGUGCAACUUCCAACCAAGAAAUGAAGAGGUGGCUGGAGGCUAUGGAUAAAGCAGUGCAUCCUGUCCACCAGAACCAUGUGUGGGUAGAUGUCACACUGCAUAACACUACACUUCCACCCUUGGCUAUCAAAAACCCAGAGUGCCUGGGGCUUCUCCACCAGCUGGACAGAAGCAAAGAUGUCUGGAUUCAGCACUACUGCAUUCUGAAGGAUGGCUGUUUGUACUUUUAUGCCACUCUCCGGUCUACACCUGCCCAAGGUGGCCUUUACCUACAGGGUUAUAUUGUGAGUGAACAGUCUCUGGGCUCCAAGAGAUCUGUGAUUGAACUCAAACCUCCAUCUGAAGAAUUUAAAACUUUCUACUUAUGUGCAGAGAAUGUAAAUGAAAACAAAAGGUGGAUUACAGCUUUGACAGCUUCAAUUAAUAAAUGGUUACCCCUACACCAGGCAAUCCAAGAUUUCAUGAACAGGCCACUGGAGGAGACAAGGAUGUGAGAAGAAAGCUCACUUUUUUCCUUCAAUUUCUGUUUUCCGUUAAAAGUUCCAUGUUAUGUCUUAUGAUUCAUCUCAAAAGAUGCUCUAGCAGCAGCUAAUCUUUAGCAUUGCUAUACAUUCACAACUUUUAUAAUCAUUAGUAAAUAAACGUAAAGCAAUGUUACCUUCUUUGUGGCUGUCU